UCAACCGACCGCUGGGAUGAAGGAGAGACGGGGGCAUCCUCGGGUCUGAACUCAUAUUUGAAGAUAAGAACAUCGCGAUUGAGACCUCGAUUCACUACGUGUGUUUGUGUGUGUUUAUGUGUGUGUGUUUGUUUUGUUUUGUUUGUUUGGAUUGUUGAUUAAGAAAAGCAUCUGAGCCAAAAUGAUGGAGGAGAUCGACCGAUUCCAAGUGCCGACCGAAGCUGAGAUGCAGGCCUUGGAUCCAGCAUCCUCCACUGCAUCUGAGGGAGACUCAGACACAAGAGAGAGUGAGCCAGCAACCCUCAACUACAAACCGUCACCCCUGCAGAGGAAAAUAGAAAAACAACGAGAGUUGGCCAGGAAGGGAUCACUGAAGAACGGCACAGCAGGGAGUCCGGUAAAUCAGCAGCCCAAGAAGAACAAUGUCAUGGCCAGAACACGGCUGGUGGUUCCCAACAAAGGAUACUCCUCCUUAGACCAAAGCCCAGAUGAGAAACCGUUAGUUGCUUUAGACACAGACAGUGAUGACGACUUUGACGUGUCCAGAUACUCGUCAUCGGGAUACUCCUCUGCUGAGCAAAUAAAUCAGGACCUGAAUAUCCAGCUGCUGAAGGAUGGAUACAGGUUGGAUGAGAUCCCUGAUGAUGAAGAUCUGGACCUCAUCCCUCCAAAAUCGGUGAACCCAACCUGCAUGUGCUGUCAAGCCACGUCUUCAUCUGCCUGCCAGAUCCAGUAAAAUUUCUCUCUUUCUUCUCCUCUUCCUUUCUUUCUCUUUCUCUGUCUGUUCUUCUUCUUGUACCCUUAUAAAGACAUUUAAUCCACAUUAUGGCACGAAAUGUACAGGUAAUGGUAUGAUCAAAAUGAUGUAUAUAAAAUCCUGAACAAACACACACAUAAACACACAAACACACCUGCGAUAAUAAUUAAUGUUAUGACUAUUAUUAUUGGUAGUGUCCUCCUAUGGUAGGAUGCUCUGUAUGCUAGUUAGCUAGGAGGAGAUUAUGUGUAAAACCUCCCCUGUGGAUAUUGUGUAAUGAAAAUUGAAGGUUAAAAAUUUAUUUAACUGUGCAUAAAACACUUGGUGAUACUAGCCCAAUUUAUCAAUUGUAAUACCUACUUCCAUGUUGUACUUCUCAUUUUAUGUUUGUCGUCUUUGUUUUUUUCUUUCUUUUUUUGUUAACAUUUUGAAUGGACAGAUGUAUUGUACGUGCUUAAGGAUGUUGCCAAGACACUGUUGAGUUUCAUUUUUUGUGCUAGUUGUUCAUUCGCGACACUAAACGCAGCAUUGUGUAGCAUGUAUGGAAAACAUUGCACUUUGUUUUGGAUUUUUUUGUCGAUAGUUUUUUUCACACUUAUUCUGAGAUUCACCAUAAAUGACCAUUCAACAAUUUGGAGACGAAUGUAUUAAUUAAAAAAAUAAAAAGCAUAUCCAACUGGCUACUAAAAUGCAAUAUAGCUUAUAUUAUAUAAAAAAGACACUUAGUUAGCAUCAUUUGGUCAAUCUUUAAACUUACACACCUAAUAUCAGUAUGCUGUAAAAUGCUACCUAAAGUUCGUUCAAACACUUUGGUGUGAGUGACUGUUUCUCAUUUUCCUUUUACGUGCUGUGUUCUGGCUUUUUUGACUUUACUUCCAUCACACAGGAAGUAAACUUUCAUGACUAUGGUAAU